CAUCACCUAUCCGCCUUUGCGUCGCCUUCAGCGAGUGCGUCAGUUGGCUGCUCAAUUCCGGGGCGCCCCAUCGCUGCCUUUGGUGGGCCAUGCACAUCUUUUCUUAGGCCUUAGUCCGGCUGAAGCGUGCACGCUUUUUAUGGGCCUGUUCGACCGGUAUGGCGGCACGGUGAAACUUUGGUUGGGUCCAAUCUUUAGUCUGCUGUUAUCCGAUGUGAGCGACCUGGAGGUGGUCCUGGGCGGCACUCAGCUGUUGGAAAAGGCUGACGAAUAUGAUGCCCUUAAACGCUGGCUGAACGAAGGUCUUCUGGUUAGCCGAGGCCGUAAGUGGUUCGCACGGCGCAAGGUGCUUACUCCAGCAUUCCAUUUUAAAAUCCUCGAGCAGUUUGUGGAGAUUUUUGAUAGGCAGGCGCGGCAAUUUGUGCAGAGCCUACAAGUGGCACUCCAAAGCAAAAGAGAUGUUGUCCAUUUGGUUGAUUACAUACAUUUGUGCGCCUUAGACGUAAUUUGUGUGCUUGGCAUACUCGCGGCUAGUGCCGCUUUUGUGAGCCUGCUCAUCUAUCACCUGAAGUAUAAGCACAUAAUUGAGGUUACCAAGAAUAUCCCGAGUCCGCCUUCACUGCCACUGUUGGGCCAUGGUCACCACUUCGUUGGCAAGGCGCCGCACAAGUUGGUCGCCACUAUCCAGGAGUUCAUGGAUGUCUAUGCUAAGGGAAAGACACUCAAGAUAUGGCUUGGGCCAGAGCUCAAUUUCCUUAUGGCAGAUCCCAAGGAUAUCGAAGUGGUACUGGGCACCACGCGCUUUAAUGACAAGGCCGGCGAAUACAAGAUGCUAGAGCCGUGGUUGCGCGAAGGAUUGCUUGUCAGCCGUGGUCGAAAGUGGCACAAGCGGCGAAAGGUCAUCACGCCGGCGUUCCAUUUUAAGAUCUUGGACGAGUUUGUCGAUAUUUUUGAGCAAGAGUCUCGCGUAUUGCUGACGAACUUGCAGAGAGAACAUCAACAGUCUGUAAAUCUAUACGAUUGGAUAAAUCUAUGCACCAUGGAUACGAUUUGUGAAACUGCGAUGGGGGUUUCCAUCAAUGCGCAGACCAAUGUGGAUUCGGAAUAUGUGCGGGCAGUGAAAACAAUAUCCAUGGUGCUGCACAAGCGGAUGUUUAACAUCUUCUACCGAUUCGAUUGGACCUACAUGCUAACGUCCUUGGCACGUGCUGAGAAGCGUGCGCUGAACGUGUUGCACAAUUUCACAGAAAAAAUCAUCGUACAGAGACGAGCAGAACUGUUGCGUAGCAUUUCGGAAUCGCCGGUUCAGCACGAUGACGUGGACAUGGGCACAAAGCGUAAAAUGGCCUUUUUGGAUAUACUACUCCAAUCGAAAAUUGACGACAAGCCACUGACCAAUCUGGAUAUCCGUGAAGAGGUCGAUACUUUCAUGUUCGAGGGCCACGAUACUACCUCAUCGGCUAUCAUGUUCUUCUUCUAUAACAUUGCGACCUAUCCGGAGUGCCAGCGCAAAUGCGUGGAGGAGAUUGUGAGUGUGUUGGGUCGCGAUACAAAGACGCCAGUUACAUACGAGCUCCUGAAUAAGCUACAUUAUGUGGAUCUGUGUAUCAAGGAGACGUUGCGCAUGUACCCGUCGGUUCCACUGCUUGGUCGAAAAGUACUUGAGGAAUGUGAGAUAAACGGCAAAAUCAUACCUGCUGGUACCAAUAUUGGCAUCGCCCCUCUCUAUUUAGGACGCUGCGAGAAUUUGUUUAGUGAUCCCAACACCUUCAAGCCGGAGCGAUUCGAUGUAGUCACCAGUGCAGAGAAACUAAAUCCCUAUGCUUACAUACCCUUUUCUGCUGGACCACGAAACUGCAUUGGGCAAAAGUUCGCCAUGCUGGAGAUCAAGGCAAUUGUCGCAAAUGUGCUGCGGAGUUUCGAAAUUGAUUUUGUGGGCGACGCCUCCGAACCCCCAGUGCUGAUAGCUGAGCUAAUAUUGCGCACCAAGGAUCCAUUAAUGUUCAAGCUGAAGGAGCGUGUAUACUGAGCCACAAAUUUCGUUAUUCUACCGCUUAUACUUUCUGAGAUCCUUGCGUUCAUACAGACGGACGGACGGACAUGGCUAUAUCGACUCGUAUUGUCAUCCUGAUCAAUAAUAUAUGUAUAUACUUUGUGGGAUCUGCCACGCCUCCUUCUGUGUGUUACAUACAUUCUAAUAUAGCCUUUUACCCUUUGGGUACAGGCUAUAAAAAUAAAUUUUCUCUCUCCGACCAGAUUAACCACAAGCCGCGACGCCCCCAAAUAUUGUUUUAUUUUUUGUAUAUUUGGAAAUAGUUUAUACAUCCUUAUACAUGUACAUAUGAUGAACAUAUUUGAUUAAUAAAAAUAUUAGUUCUUUCUAUCCUCUA